GCACCAGACUUGCAACUCGUAGCUCCCUCCAUAAGGUGUCUCCGGGACACACCUUCGCGAGGUAUAAAACUGUGCCAAGGAGACAACCAGCGAGAGCAGCACCUCCAAACCCCAGGGAGCAGGAGACCCCAUUUGAACCCGGGAGCGAACUCCUCAAGCUCCGGAGAAACCACUCAACGGCCACGUUAUCGUGAUCUUCCGAAAGGGGGGGAUAUCUUGCCCGAGAACCAGCGAGGAGCCGAUCUGUCGGGAGAACGAUGGGUUGUCGAUGCGGCAAGAAGCGAAAGGAUAGCCAAGAACUCACCGAUGUCGAGAGAGCCAUUGAGAUCGUCAUCAACAACUUCCACUGUUACGCCGUCAAGGGACACAAGGAAUGCCUCACGCCCAACGAGUUGAAAGACCUAGUUGGACAGAGGCUGCCACAUUUAGCCAAG